ACACAACCAAAGAGAGCUGCCGAAAUCUACACCUCUUGUGUUUCAUCAAUGGAGUUCCAGAGAUUCGUUUCUGGCCUCUCGACUAACCGCCCGAAGCUCCACCGGAUGAUCGAACGAUAUUUUGUAACGGAGCAACAGUUCCGGUUCGGCAUCGGCGACGAGUGACCUAGAACCGACAUCUACUCCAGGUAAGCGAGACAUUGCUUCACUGGGCGGCUCGGCUUUUACGCAAUCCACAUCACCGACUGAUGUGACGGGGGCUGUCACCGCAGAAAGGUUCCGCGGAGCCAAGCCACGCACGGUGAGUUGAUCUGACUUGUGAUCACCGUGAGACCGCGGAGGCGGCACCACACGCGCAUCCUGAGCCUGAGCGCUGUCUCACUGGGGACGGGGCCGUUACAGUGCGCUCUCGCGCUGGAAUCUCCAUACCUUGGCUCAAUCGGGGAACAGGCAGAGCGUAGCCGAUCGCGCCGGGAUCUGACAGAGCAACAGCAGCUUACGACUGUUGUCCAUCACACAGAUGUCGUGGACCUGAGAGACCACAGACUCGCCGGGGAUAAUCUGAGAACCGAGCCGCCUUUCAAACUGGUACAGGAACGUUCCCGCGUUACCGCCAAUCAUCCGAACCAACCCGAUUCAUCAAGAAAGCCCGAUCUCCUCUUGGAACAGCGCGAUGCCAAUGCCCCCGCACCACAGCAUGUUGUUCAGCACAAUGCUCAACCAGCCACACGAAGACGGCAGCAACACGGUAGACGUCAUGUCCCCGCUUCUGAAGCUCAAGCCAGAUCCGUACUGGGGAGAAGAACUUGUUCGUCCGCUGUCGCGCGAAUACCCGUAUGCGACAUCGGCCUCCGGCAUGUAUCGGCCAGGAAGCGCUGCGCCGCUCUCUGACAUUGGCCCGCACCAUCAGCAUCAGCAUCACCACCAACACCCAUCGUCCGCCAUGCGCAUGAGCCAUUCGCGGCUGGGCCCGCCCACCCCGUCCCCCAUGCCCGCUUUUCACGCGCAGCUGCACCGGGACCACUCCGCGUCCCCCAUCUCGCCUGCCCCGACGCCGACGCUGGAUCUGAGCGGCCUGAUUCCCAUGUACCCCGAGCCCCCGUCGCCGCAUUUGGGCUCCCGCGUGGGCCACCUGACCGACAUAUCGUAUGACCAGGACGCAUGGGCGACACCUGCGGGGCUGCCGUCUGCGCAUGCGCACGGGCACUAUGCCCCGCCCCCGUCCUACCGCCAGAAACCGACGCUGUGGUCGGCCGACCCGGUGCAGCAUCAGCACCAGCACCAGCACUCGCACUCGCACAUGGGCGGGUGGAGCGGGCCGUCCUCGGCGGCGAGCAUGGGCUCGCAGUUCGGCGCAUACGACGCCUACUCGCCGUCCUCCCCGUACUCAUCCUCCGCGAGCUCAGGGGCCUCCUCACCCGGCGGGUCAUAUCUGCUCCCCCGGCUGCCCUCGCCCCCAGAGUCAAAGCCGUACCCGCUCCCGUCGCCCAUCCUCCCGCACCGGUCGGCGCAGACGCUCGUGGGUGCUGCAACGCCCGUUGCGACCUCUGCCGGCGCCAUGCCCGGCAGCAGCAGCAGCUCGAACCCGAGCCCGAAUCCGAAUCCGAAAAAGUCGUGCUUCCACUGCCACGCGACGUCGACCCCGCUGUGGCGCCGGGAGCCGUCGACACAGCGCACGCUGUGCAACGCGUGCGGGCUGUACCUGCAGCAGCGCAACAAGCUCCGGCCGCAGGAGCUGAUUGACGCGGACCGGGACACGGACGAGGAUGACGAGCUCGCCAAGAUCCCGGACGCGGAGUACACCGGGCCGAAGUGCAGCCACUGUGGGACGCGCCGGACGAGUGUGUGGCGGCGCAACAAGGAGGGCGCGCAGGUGUGCAAUGCGUGCGGGGUGUACGCCCGGCUGCGUGGGAAGGAGCGCCCGUUGAGCCUGAAGCGCAAUAAGAUCAAGCCGCGCACUAAGCACACACAUAACACCCAGUCGAGGUGAAAAUGCCAGCUGACUGUUUUGUAUCUAGACUUUAUUACUCGAGUGACGUACGUCUAUUUAUCUGUAAGUACUUACUUGAGGGUGCACACUAUGUUGUAGGCUUAUAGCUUAUGUUUAUUUUCUCGCUGUAUACUUUCCCUAAAGCAUCACUGUCUAUAACGCAUCAAUCGAU